AGAUAAGGCGAAACAGUUGCUGUUGAAAUCCAAACUCGCUAGCCAGGCCGCGAUUUUGGAGGAGCAAGGCUCCUCGCCGCUGGCGCGGGAGGGCGGGACUGAUGCAGCGUCGAAGAAUUCUGGUGCAACUACAAGUGCAACGAAAGGAAAUAAAGACAGUUCAUCCAAUCCCGUAACCACCUCCACGGGCGCCACCUCGAUCAGCGGCAAGCCGAAGGGCACCACCGCGUUGGAGCGGAUGAAGAACCGGUUGGCGAGCAGAAGGGAGGAGUCGCAGCACUUGAAGAAAAUGAAGGAACAGGGAGAGAAGCACUCCCAGGAGGCCGCUGCCCGGUCCAAGGAAGAUCGCGAGAACAAGCGCCGCGCGGCGGAGAACGCGCGGCUGGCCGAGGAGCUGAAGCAGGGCGAGAAACACGGCUCCGCGACGGAGAUCCGGGCGAUCUUGCAGGGAGCAUUGCCGAGUUGGGACGAUCGGCAGGUCAAGGCGCGGGACGAGAAGGGGGGGCCGGUCUUCAUCCAGGGCCGGAGCGGGACAGGGAAAACGACCGUACUGGAACACCGUGCCGUCAAUUACAUCCUGGAAUUUCUCGCGGAAGAAGAAAGAUUGCAGGAGUUGCGCAAACAGGGCGGCUCCAUGGUGGAACUCCCGGCGGCGCCGUUCGUGUUUGUUUGCACGCAAUCCCCGAAGCUCGCGGUCGUCAUUCAGCAGCACGUGCGGGAGCACAUGAAGGUCAUCUUCCCGCAACGGAAGGACGGCGACGACCUUGGCAUGGAGGACAUCGGACACCCAUCGUGGUUGGAAAAGAGCGCAGGUGGAAGUUUAGCAUCUCUGGACGGCAAGUGCAGUGGUCCUUUGGAACAACACGCAGGAGCAGCAUCUACAGGAGGUGGACAACAUCAAAACGGAACUACGAACGCCACCGGUUCUUCACACGGCACAAAUACAUCGCAUAUUACAAACGCAAACUCGGCCGCAGCGGCAAACAUUGCCAGUGGCUGUGCCACCCUCACCACAGUGAACGUGAAUGACAAAAAUGCGAGUGCCAGUUCCAAGCUGUUCCAGAUCCCCGAUGGUCCGCAGAUUUUCGUCGGAACCUACGCGCACUACCUGGCGAUGAUUGACACGGCUAUGGACGAUGGCUGCCAAUUCUUCGAGGCUGACAAGGCGCUCGCGAAUGAAGUCACCUUCCCCUACUUUUGGGAGCACUACUUUCCGAAACUGUCCGGGGGGCGCGGGGAGGGCCGCCCGGGGGAAGCCUACACACUGUUCACGGAGAUCAUGAUGCUGAAGGGGCAGGCGGCGCUGAAAUCGCAGCGGGAACUUCUGUUACCCUCGCUGAAGGAGAUCAAGAAGCGGGCGACCUGCAGUAUCACGGAGGAGGACUAUUUGAAGAAACCGCCGAAGGAGUCCGAACAGUCCUUGAGCGAGGAGGACCGGGCGCAGAUCUACAAGCAAUUCCAGCACUACAACCGGAUGCUCGCCGACCGUGGCGAGUGGGACUCCGCGGACGUGUGCGAGCACAUUUGGCGCCGGUUUUUGUUCUCUCGCGUGAAGAACAAC